AGGUUUUACCAGCUGCCCCAGCUCCUACACACAGUAACUGGGCAGCUUACAAUAAAUUGGUUGCGGCAUAGCAGGUGGCUCUCACCGUCUGUGCCAGGGGGUUGUCGAUAGACACACAGAGCAGGCUGCCACUCCAGUGCACUUCAGGUGAGACAUGAAGCCCUGGAAUGAACACUGUCUACCUUUAUCAGGUGGGCAUUGAAGAAUGCCUGGCACUGUUUUGAAGCUGAUGGUGGGAAUUGCAGACAUGCACAGACCAAGCUCUCCUGUCAAUGUCACCGGAAACGGGCUGCAAAGUGCCAGGGUGCCACUCCCUCCAGGCGAAGUGACGGAUUUACCGCUGCUGGCGACCGACUCCCAGGUGCUAUCCCGGCAGCCGGCACCACCGUCUCUUCCCGACAUUGAACCCCCAAGCGCCGGUGUGGAGUGCUGUGAGGAGCCCGGAGAAGUGGCCGUUACCGGGAUUCAGAAGGACGGUAACAGUGUGAAUGUCUGCCAUUCUGGGCAGCAGCAGAUGGUUCUCCCAGACGCCAGCCGUACCCACCAGGACUCACUGGGAACACUGGGAUCAGGGGAGGGCCAGCCUGGUCCAUCGUUGCCGAGUCACCAUGGUGAGGUGGCCCAGAGCUGCUACCAGACUGUGCAGCCUCAUUGGUUCCGCUGCAGGAUGGAGGACGCCAAUCCCGUCUGGACCCCUUUCAGUAAAACAGACUCUCAUGCACUGGAGACCAAGUACUGCUCUGCCAGGAGGCAGGCUCUGGAAGCAGUGGACUCGGAGGACGUCGCUGUCCCGACUGAUGGAGGGCGUUACGAUGUCUUUCUGGCCAGUCGCACGAGGCACUCCGUUUACUGGCAGGAGGCGCCCAGCCAAGUCAGGCGGUGUACCUGGUUUUUCAAAAGUGAGAAAGACAGCAGGUACCACCCAUAUACGGAGGAGCUCAGUGAGCUGAUCGAGAGAACCUACAAGGAAGCAGUGAUGUCAAACGAAUGGAACAAGAAGCUACAAUUUCCCACCGGAGAGGUCAUCAAGUUACACAAUCCCAAGCUGAUGAUGCAUUUCCAGGAUUGGAACUCAGCAGCUUCAGAGCAGGGUAAGCCGUGGACUAUGAAGAGAGGGGUGGAACAGACGUACGGCGACAUCUUCCUCGGCGAGCCUGUCAAAGUGGAUCAUUUAGUGUUCAUGGUGCAUGGGAUCGGACCUGCAUGCGACAUCCGCUUCCGCAGUAUCAUUCAGUGCGUCAACGACUUCCGCAACACCUCCCUCAGCCUGCUUCAGACUCACUUCAAGAAAGCUGCGGACGAGCAGAAGAUUGGCAGGGUGGAAUUUCUGCCGGUGAACUGGUACUGCACACUGCAUGGAGAUGCCACCGGAGUCGAUGAAGACAUCCGGAAAAUAACGCUGCCCAGCAUCAGUCGCCUGCGCCAUUUCACCAACCAGACCCUACUCGACCUGUUCUUCUACAACAGUCCCACCUACUGCCAGACCAUCGUGGACACUGUGGCCAAUGAGAUGAAUCAGCUGCUGACUGUCUUCCAGCGACGCAACCCGGACUUUCAUGGUGGGAUCUCCGUGGCCGGCCACAGUCUGGGAUCCUUGAUCCUCUUCGACAUUCUCACAAACCAGGCGACCUCCAACCAGAAGGAGCACAGCAUGAGUGAGCCGAGGGCAAGAAGGGAGUGUUGCUCGUGCAGCAAGGAGAUGAGUUUGGAGGAAGCUCUGAAGGUGCACGGACUCUCGGAAUUCCUGAGCGUUUUGGAAAGGGAGAAGUUGGACCUGGAGUCGCUGGUCAUGUGCUCGGAUGCUGAGCUGAAGGAAUUGGGGAUUCCGCUGGGGCCCAGGAAGAAGAUGUUGAGCCUGGGAAGGGAGCUGGCUGGCGUACAGCAGGAGAAGCAGGAGCAGAUGGGUGAGCCAGCAGCGAGGCCUGUUCCUGAGAAAAGCAACCAAGCCAGAGAGCGGGCAGGCGGUGGCGAGGAUUCCCAGCGCCCACUCUCCACCAGCAGCGUCACCUCGGUCAGCUACGAGCAGUUCGAUGUCGGCAUUGGUCAGGUUUCGGUGAAUUACCCCCGGAUCAGAUUUGAGCCAGACAUCUUUUUCGCCUUUGGCUCGCCAAUUGGAAUGUUUCUGACUGUCCGAGGCCUGAAGAGGAUUGACCCGAACUACACCUUCCCAACAUGCAAGAGGUUCUUCAACAUUUAUCAUCCUUUUGACCCCGUGGCCUACAGGAUUGAACCCAUGAUUGUGCCAGAUCUAGAUUUGGAACCAAUGCUCAUCCCUCACCACAAGGGCAGGAAGAGAAUGCACCUGGAACUGAAGGACAGCCUGACACGCAUGGGCACUGACAUAAAGAACGGCCUGUUCUGUUCGCUCAGGAACGCCUGGCAAUCGUUUACUCGCAUCCAGUCCCCGAUGCCACAACUGCUGCCGGAUACGGCUGCAAUGUCAGCCAACCAGUCAGCAGCCAAGGAUAGUGAAGCAGGCGAGGAGACAGACAGCAGCUGCCCCUUGCAGGAGGAGAUGGAGCAGGUAAAGAUCGGAAUGCUAAAUGGAGGCCACCGGAUUGACUAUGUGCUGCAGGAGAAGCCCAUUGAGAGUUUCAACGAGUAUCUCUUUGCCUUGCAGAGUCACCUCUGCUACUGGGAGUCUGAAGACACCGCACUGUUAAUUCUGAAGGAAGUUUACCAAACGCUGGGGGUCACCUUGGAACAAGUGCAGCACUGACGGGGUUUGGAGCAGCGAGCCACCACCAGACUGAAGGCAGGAGAGGUCACCUUGGAGCUGGUGUUGGCGCAGUUCUCAUGGACACCCUGGGGUGACCUUUCUUUCUCUGGUGGAGGAACACUGAGUUGGUGUAGACCCUGUCUUGUGUGUUCUCCACAGGCUUUGAGGCCAGGUCUGAUGGCCAACCUGUGGGAGCUGACCUCUCUAAUCUAUCUGAGUAGCUUAGCAAACGGCAAGUUUGUUCCCAUUCGGACUUCUAGGUGAGGGGGCGAGGGGAUUGACUCACCCACAAACUCUCAACUGUACAAUCACUGGCUUGAUCCUGGAUGCUGCUGAUGGGCUGUGGACAGCUGUGGGUCACCUUCUGUGGCUCUUGAAGGACCAAUCUGUACAGACUUAUUUAUUUUUUUACACCUUUCAUUCACAUUAAAGUGGCACUUUGAA